CGCCUGCUUGCGACCAUCCUUGUGGACGUUGCAACUUGUUACACAGAUGCAUCAUAUCACUCAGCCUUGUUCUCUAUAAAAUACACGAGAGUAACGUUCACCGAACCGUUUCGCGCAUUUGCCGCAUCGUCCACGGCGAACAGGUUUGAGGACACAGGCCCUGGGAACUGUGGCACAUAACCAUGGCAUCUUCGCAGAGGGUCCUCCGACCCCGAAAGCCAAAGCCAGUUUCGGAGGAUCUUGCCCAGCCCAGCGUCAAGCGGGUUCAGCGAGCACGACCGAAGCACCCUGUAGAGCGGAGCAACGCACCACUGAUGUCGCUGCCACUCGAACUGAUAAUGCUCAUACUUGAGAACGUCGACUCUCCGCGCACCCUCGCUGACGCAAGUCGUGUGUGUCGCACUCUUCAACUCGAAGCCGAGCGUAUCUUAUAUCGGGACGUAUACGUGGGGCGCGUUCCGCACGUUCGCGGUCUGCACCGGGCUCUUACGAAGACCUCCAGACGGGCGUCCCUCGUCAACGUAUUCGAGGCUCACGACAAUGGGCACAUGACUCCCGUGAUUCCGCUGCUAAUCGAAAUACUCCUCAUGCUCACAAGGCUCGAGCAUCUGAAGCUCGACCUAUGUGUAUGUUACGAGAAGCCCGCAAUCUAUACCACCGUGGUGCAUGCGCUUGCGCAGUGCACGUUCAAACUCAAGUCAUUUGAUGGCUGGGUCGCCCAUGAUAGUGACUUUGUUCACUUCCUACGACGGCAGACCUGUCUAGAAUCAUUGCACCUACAGGGUUUCAAACCACCUGCCUGGAAGAUACCACCAGAUGCCCUCUCACGCCUCAAAUAUAUGCACACAUACCAUUCGCUCGUCGUGCACAGCAUCUGUGCCCGUCACGCAAUCACACACCUUCAUCUCUCUCAUUCCAGUUGGGAUGACUCCGAAGAUCUCAAAGACAUUCCCCAAUUUGUGCGGCACCAGCUAAUCAGCUUCAAGUACAAACGGUCAUCUUCAUGCCUGGUCCGAACUUCCGUUUGGUCCUUGAUACCGGACAUGAUCAAUCGCCAGCUCAUGCCAAAUUUGAGAUAUCUUGAGGUAGAAGACCCUAGUGAUGCCAGUUUCUUGCCAUGCUCAGAUGUCAGUCUCAUGCAGAUGGACGGGGCCAACAUUGCGUUGGAGACACUUGUUUGGUCUGCGUUGCAUAACCACUACCUCUAUGGCGACGCCGACAACAAUGCCGCCAUCAGCCGCAGUCGGCUGGCCUUUGUCCGUCCCUGGGCGAAGAAAGUCCUCACAAGGUUCAGCUCUUUGCGACGUUUCUUCUAUGUCGAGCAAAACAUAGGGGAUGGCAACACAGGACGGACGCUCUACGUGUGGUUAUUCACGUUAUCGUCUGAUGACGGGCUUGUGGAGGAAAAGAAAGAGGCGAGGGACUUACCUGUUUGGUCUGAUAUUUGAAAGCAUGCAUGUAUCAUGGGUGGCCCGUGGGCGUCGU